AUGGCCCACAAGUUCUCGAACAACUUCAUUACCACCAGGGUUGUGCACUAUGGCGAGGCAGUCUCUGGUGAACACCGUCGGAUUCGAGCAACAAUCAGUUGCCUACCCUGCCGCCGUCGAAAGGUCAAAUGCAAUCGCCAAUCACCUUGUCACCAUUGCAACCGGCUUGGGAAAGCGGAGCGAUGCGUUUACUCUGUAGAACGGGAUCGCAAUUUUGAACUCCCACAUUGGCGCACUGCUACUCAGAUCCUACCACCUCUAAACAAGUCAGCAGGUCAAGAUACACUGGAAACCACGGAAACUCUCAAUGUUGCCGCACUAAACCCAUUUUGUGAAUCCUCAAGUAUUACUGGGGAAGAUUCCCAGCGCCCUGUUGACUCAGAGACAUGGCAUACGCCCGGACAUUUUUAUAGUGGCAUAAGUCAUUGGUCUUUUCUUCUCCCUGAGUUUACAGAUCUGUUGCAGUAUGUAGACCAAGGAGGCUACAAUGAUCUGCAGGGGCACCAUAUUAAUUAUAAGGAGACGAAAGGCCGCAUGCAAAGCACCCAGAUCCCAACACUGCUUGCUUCCGUCCAACCUAGUGCUAUCUUUUCUGAGCUUCCUCCCCGAGAGUACAUCAACAUUUGUGUGACCAACUACUUUGAGAUUUUCGAGUGUGUGUAUGGUAUUAUUCACAGUCACUCAUUUCUGGGCAAGCUCGAGCAAUUCAUGCAAGCCCCUGAGCAGAUGUCACCUUACUUUGUCUUCCAGCUCCUGCUUGUUAUUCUAGUUGGGAAUAGUACUGUCUGCACUGCAAAUGGACGACUCGAAUACUCAGCAAUUGCUCAUCUGUGGUCCAGGGUGGUUUCAUGGAGGUCAGCUGCCUUUCUUCUGCAAGAGAUUGACUUGGAAAUUGUCCAGCUUGACACGUUAAUGUUGCUGGCAAAAAGAAUAUACCACUUUGAAACACCCCAAUGCAUGCUCAUAUCACCGUAUGUGAUCCAUAGAGCAAUGCUUCUCGGCCUUCAUCGUGAACCGACGCUAUUCAACCGAUUCUCCACGCACGAAGCAGAAAGCCGUCGGCGCCUAUGGUACGCUAUUCUCGAGCUUGACCUUGUUUGCGCUAUCGAUACUGGUAUGCCGCCUUCGUUAGAACCUGGUUCCUGGGACACCUUGCCGCCGCGUGCUGAAGUAGAAGAAAAUUAUGAAUACGCCGAAGAUCAAUCAUCUCGGUCUGCUCAACUUGGCAUCGGAAGCCGCGGUCUUGCCUUGUUGACCAGAUCACUUCCUCUCAGGCUCCGGAUUGUGGGGGCCGUGAAUAAACUUCGGUUCAUAAUGGGGUUCGAAGAGGCUAUUCGCCUAGGAACGGAGCUAGUGAAGGAGAGGACAUCGAUAGAGGAUUUCAUAAAUUCUCAACAAUACGCGACAGAUCAGCAAUCAAUCACUGAUAUCGUUCAAGAAUUACUUCAACUAACUUACGAUCGAGUUCUAUUUUGUCUUCACAAACAUUUUGCCGCCCGGACGAAACCCGAGUACGAAUUCUCCGAGUAUACCUGUCUGCGCCUAUCUUCUAGAAUGCUUGACGUGCUGCUCAGGCCGACUCGUCCAACAGAGACCAAUAAACAUGGCACUACUUCUAGAAAAGGCGUGUUGGGUACGCUCGCAAGCAGUGGAGGCUACUUCUUUGAAAGCGAUGCUCUUAAUGCCGCACUGCUUAUUUCCUUUCUCCUUGUGCGGGAUUCCUGCGCCAUUUCUUCUCCGAGCACCCAAAUAUCGUGUAUCGACAGAUUACGGAACUUUAUACAUGUUGCUCGGGAGCGGACAUGCUUGCCUUACCCAUCUGGCAAGGCAUUCAUAGUGCCUUCUAUGGCCCUAGAGUGGGACCAAAGAUAA